AUGUCCCUCGUUUGGUGCUGUGAGAUCAGCUACCCCUUCGACAAGUCCGGCGUUCUCACCCACAAUCCAUUCAAGUUGCCGCACAUGAUCAACUGGGCGACAGCACACCCAAUUGCUUUGGAGCCGAGCAUAGCACUUGCCUUGCCGGCCAAGAGCGAGUUCGCCGUUGAUAUGAUACUUCAUGAAAUUGCCGCCAGUGAGUGGGACUACAAGUCCUGGGAUAUAUCUUUGUUUUCGAAACAGGUAUCGACUUUGUAUCCUUCAGUAGCAAUAGCGGCAAUCUGGCUGGAGGAUUACUCGGUCUGGCGCACACACAUCGUUGGCAUGGAGCACAUUCUAAACAUGAAUGGGGACCAGCAAAGCACAUCGCUCAACACACUGAACAAGAUUCGCUUUGCGGACAUCGAGGGCGCCAUUAUCACCAAGGAUACACCAAGUCUCCCCUUCGCCCGGCAACGAUCACCAUUACUGGCUAUCUUGCCCAACGAAAUCUCACAGUCAAUCACAUCAAGUCUCCAACCCCCGGCUUCAAGCCUGUGA